AUGGAAAGUAGCGGUGAACGAUUUCAUGAAGUUAUCCCAUCCUCAUCCGAUAGUGUUCUCAAUACUCAACAAGCUUCAACCGUAUACGCCCGAGCAAAGCAUGCCUUUAAAGGACGAAACAAUGACGAGCUUUCAUUCCGAAAAGGUGAUGUUAUCGCGGUUACACAGCAAUUGGAGGGCGGUUGGUGGGAAGGAACGCUGCAUUCCUAUACUGGAUGGUUUCCAUCUAAUUACGUCACAAUAAUACCAGAAUCUGAGAGGUUUUUGCGAUCUCGAAGUAACGGACCUCCAGUAUUAAAUGGUGAUGGCACAUCAUCUGGUCCAACAAAGGAAACACCUCUCUUUUCCAGUGACACAAGUCGACAAGCUUAUCGGGAACAGGUAAUAAAAAGUUUUCUUGAAGCGGAACUAAAGUAUGUUGACAGUGUUACAAAAUUUAGCGACGAUACAUUGGCCAAAAUUAAAAAUUCGAAAAAGAUUUCUGAGAACGAUUUUCAAGUUCUUGCUGGAAAUCUGCAACUUCUCAUUACUCACCAGCGCGAACUACUAAGUGAUAUUAAAGAAGCUGUUGACAAAGAUGCAACAAAUGCUCGAAUUGGUGGUUUGCUAUUAAGAGCAGCACCAAAUUUGCGACAUCUUCUUAGGCUCUAUUGCCAAAAUCAUCCAAAGGCAGUAGAUCUGAUUCUUAGAAAUAAGAAUCUUUAUGAGGAGGUACUAAAAGAAAUAGAUUAUCCUUUGAAAGAUUUAAUAUCCGGAUUGAGCCAUCCAUUCCGACAUUUGGAAACAUAUCCGAGUAUGUUAAAUGAAUUGGAGCGUGGUAUGCACGAAGCGCAUCCCGAUCGAGGUGAUACGCAACGAGCUGCUGCUGUCUUUCGUGAUAUUACCAAUUACUGCGGAACUUUACGAAAACAAAAGGAGAUGCAGUUAGAAUUACUUGCUUCUGGUACCAUUGAUGGUUUGCCCUCCGAAGAGCUGAAAAAGCUUGGAGAAAUUUUGUACAUGAGUAUUGUUUCUGUGGAUGAUGUAAAGGCUUCUGUUGAGGAAGAACUGUCUUGUGAUAGAUGUGUGAUAUUAUUUCCAACGACAAUACUUAUUCUCGAGAUCACCUCAAAUGUAAAUUCAUAUAUAAUGAAGAAAAGAAUUUCUCUUGACAAACUGACUUUGAAGAAGGCGGAAAACAAAACAACGUUAAUUCUUUGCAAUGGUAUUUCUUCAAGCUUAACUUUAGCAGUAGAUUAA